CUGCGCGGAUCGCCGAUGUGCAUUAGCUAACCACCCCCCAACCCCUUCAAGAUUCCACCACAAAUCCCCAGCCGGAGCAUCGCCAUGCCCGUUUCGAUGGCCGUGUGCGAGACGGCGAAUGUGGUGAACGCAGCGCUGCGCGAAUCCCUGGGCGGCAACUCCUCGUCGGGCGGCUCCUCCGCCGCUGACCAGGCCAAAGCCGGCGAGGAUUCCUCCGGCAGCCUGCAGAACCACAUCGUGGCCAAUGCCAAGCGCAUCCUGAUGGCCAAAAUCGAGUACGAGGAGGUGCCCAACUACCACGAUUCGGUGCUGGAUAACCUCAAGUCCAAAUAUAUUGUCAUCAAGCCUGGAAAUCCGGGCGCCAUCAAUGGUUUUGGUAGCAAAAACCACACGGGCAAAGUUGUGGGCGCAAAUGGACAUGACAAUAACGGCGCAAGUCGCAAGUCCACGGCGGAGCACCCCAACAAUCAGUCCAAUCAGCACCACAACACAAAUCAUCCGCAUGCCACAAACAGCAACAGCAAUCCCAAUCCCAAUCCCAAUGAGCUGCCCAAGCCGAAGAGGAUUCUCUAUCCGCGCGAGAACAUACGCAUCGGCUGGAAGCAGUCGGACCGCAAAUGGCAGGUGGGCACGGGAAUGAUCAAUGUGGGCAACACCUGCUACCUCAACUCGACGCUCCAGGCGCUCCUGCACAUCCCCGCUUUGGCCAAUUGGCUCGUCUCGGAGCAGGCGCAUCUGGAGAACUGCAAUGUGGCCGAAUCCGGUGGCUGUUGCAUCGUCUGCGCCAUGGCCAAGACCCUGCUGGCCACCCAAAGCAAUCAGUCGGCGGUCAGGCCCUUCCUCAUCUACUCGAAGCUGAAGCAGAUCUGCAAGCACAUGGUCGUCGGUCGGCAGGAGGAUGCCCAUGAGUUCCUCCGCUUUCUCGUCGAGGCCAUGGAGCGAGCUUAUCUGAUGCGAUUCCGCAACUACAAGGAGCUGGACCAGCUGGUGAAGGAGACAACGCCGCUGGGACAGAUCUUCGGCGGUUACCUGCGCAGCGAGGUGCGCUGUCUGAGCUGCAACCACGUGUCCAUCACGUUCCAGCACUUCCAGGAUCUGUUGCUCGACAUCCGCAAGGCCGACUCUCUGGAGGAUGCCUUCGAGGGACACUUUUCCCGCGAGCGGCUCGAGGAUAUGGGCUACAAGUGCGAGGGCUGCAAGAAGAAGGUAUCUGCAACUAAACAGUUCUCUUUAGAACGCGCCCCAAUUACGCUGUGCAUCCAGCUAAAGCGCUUCUCCAUGAUCGGCAACAAACUGACCAAGGCGAUCGCCUUCAAGCCACGCAUCGAUUUGAGCAAAUACGCAGCCCGUUCGCCAGCUGCCCAGGCUCAGCCGCUCACCUACCGCCUGGUCUCGAUGGUCACCCAUCUGGGAGUUUCCCAGCACUGCGGUCACUACACGGCCAUUGGGUCCACGGAUGCGGGCAGCUACUACAACUUCGACGACAGCUACGUGCGGCCUAUCGCCAUGCAGAGUGUCUGCAACACAAAUGCCUAUAUAAUGUUCUACGAACUCGACCUCUCACAGUCUGCCAGUCCGGCGGCCAAUAGGCCAAAUGGAGUGCGUCUCACCAAUGGACAUAGUACGCUGCCAGUGGCGGCAGCAACGACUGUGUCCUCGCCCAACCGUUUCAUCGGUCCACAGCUGCCGCCGGGCGGAAUAAACAACAACGGCUACAGCAAUGGCAAUGCCCAGAAGACGGCGAUCCAAUUCAAGCAGCACCAACAGAACGGAAAGUUUCAGGAAUCUGCGAAGCCUUCACUGGCUGGCGCACUCGCUAAAGGCGAUGCUGCUCCAGCUCCAGCUCCCACUGCAAAUGGUAACAAAAGUUCCUCCACCAGCAGCAACAGCAGCAACCACAAAUCAAUGAACCAGCAACAAUAUCUGCCAAUCUCCUCGGAGGAUGAUGAGGACAGCGAGGAGGAGGAGUUGACACCCAGGCCAACGACUGCCCAGCUGCCGAGCAUGCCCAAGAUGACGGAGGAUUCACACACGGAGAAGCCAAAGUCCCCGGUGAAGGUCCAGGUAAAGACUCCCGUCAAAGCGCCACUCAAAAGUCUAGUGCCCUACGAAUCGGCCUCCGAGGAGGAGGAGGCGGCGGCGGCGCCACUGCCCAAUCCCCGGAAGCGUCGAAGUGGAGCCGACUCCAGCGAGUCGGAUCAGGAGUCGUCUGGACAGACGCAGAAUGGUCACAGCAAGACCAAUGGUCACACCAAUGGCUCCGCCUCGUCGUCAUCGGUUCACGUUAACAGCGGCAGCAAACAAAAGACUGAUGCCAUAGACGAGAUAUUCAAGAGCCUGAAGAAGUCGGCGGAGAGUGAGGACGACGACGAUGAGGAGGAGCAGCCCAGCAUCCAGCUAACCAAUGGCUGGCACCCACAAAGCAGAGCACCACCCUCGCCCAAGACGCCACCCUCGCCAGCGGUUAUCAAAUCGAAGACGGGUAUCUGGAAGGUAACCCGAAACGAUGAUAAUAACCACGACGACGAGGAUGACGACGAUGAUGAGGAGGAGGAAGCGCCCGCGCCCGCAGCCAAGAUCCAGACGCCCAGCAAGACGCAUCGCAAUCCCUUCGCCAGCAGCAAACCCUCCACGGACUCCCCCACAACGCCAGGCGCCAAGCGCCAGAAGUUGCUCAAUGGCAGCGCGGUGAAGUCGCACCAGCAGCCGAGGAUCGGUAAUGGCUACCAGAGCGAAGCCACCUCCAAUGGGAGCACCAUUAACGAGCUGCUGAAGCAAUCGCAUCGCGGAUACGGCUCCUCGGUGCUUAGUUGGAAUGGCAAGCCCGCGGAGCUGGAAAAGGAGCCUUUUGAGUUGGUUUGUGCGAAACGGAUAGCUGGUCACGGCAGUGUGGAUGGCAGCGAUAUCGUCGAGAGCUCGGUGGCAGUAAUUGCAGUGGCGGCGGUUUCAGACGCACCCGAUCCGGUGCUUUGUUUUCUGCAGCUUCUGGUGGAUGCGCGAGAGCAGCGGCAGCGGGACCUCGAUGACGAGGAGGAGAACGAGAUGGAUCGUGGCAGGCAGCGCAAGGUGAAGUCUGGAUCGGCGGCCAAGGGAAACAAUAGCAGCAACAGCACGCCCGGCUACAAUCCAUUCCAGGAGUACGAGGGCCAGAAGCGCUGGAACAAAAACGGCGGCGGGGGAGGAGGAUUUCCUCGCUUCUACAACCAGAACUUCCGGCAGAACUUCCAGCAGCGGAACAAGUUCAAGUUCAACCGCUUCGGCGGACCUGGGGGCUCCAAGUUCCAGCGCCAGGCCAUGCAGCGUCACCUGGCCGCCGGCGGUGGCUUCAACCGGCGGCAGCCAUCGGCACAGCAGCAGCAGCAAUCCUAACUGGAUGCGGAUAGGCGAGGAGGAGGAUCAGGAGACGUCGAUGCGACUGCGGCGUGUGCAUUUGUUAUUGGAUUUCAAUUUCACAUGAGUUUUGUAAACGUUUUUUAACU